AUGGUCCUCUCUCGAUUAUGGCACUAUACACAACAUGCGUCGAUUUCCGCAGCAGUGGUAAAGAGGUGGCAGUCAAUGUUGAACAAGUUUGUUCUGAGUCGUCAACAUGACCGUCACGCUUCAUCCGUGCGGCUCAUUUCACAGGAAUUCUUAUACAUGCGACGAAGCGAAGGGGGUCUAGGCAUCCCAAACCUCGAGGCGCUGCUCAAACGUCAGCGUCUCCAAUUAUUGCUGCAGUUCAUCACUGCCGCUACUGCCAAAGGUGAGCGUAAUUGGACCACUUCAGGCUCUGAGGUCCUCAUGUUAAUUCUUCCUCACACUGGCAACCGCCACGCACUCGACUUCCUCACCAUCUCCCUACUACGUCACGGUGAGAUGAUCAACUGGCGACUGACUUCACAUUGGUGGCGUGUGAUGUGGACUUGGUGGUACAAGAUCCGCUGGGACAUCACGCAACGCGAUUAA